AUGGCACCACAGACACUGGAAGAUGACAUAGCACAGAACGUCGCGAAGCCUUCGGGCCAGCCAUCUGCAUCUAUCGCCAUCCCAGAAGCCGAACUGCCUCCUCCCCCCAACCAUCCACCUCCUGCGCUCCCAGACGCCGCAUUGCCUCCGCCAGAGAACUGCGUAAUAUGCCUCGACCAUAUCACGGAGAAAGCGAUCGCGCUGCCUUGCCGCCACGAACAGUUCGAUUUCCCUUGCCUUGGGACAUGGUUGCAACGGCAGCAGGUGUGUCCGCUAUGUAAGGGCAAGGUCCAGGCCAUCAGAUUCGACGUUGGUGAAAAGGAUACAGGAGGCAGCAAGGUAUUCUACCUGCCACCACCAGAGGCUCCUGUUUCCCGACGGCCGGCCGCUGCUGCUGUGAGGCAGCGCAGACCAAGGCAUCACCGCGGAUAUGCAACAGGUGGACAUACUGCAUUGCUCGGGCGUACGAACGUCGAAGAGACCAGAGAUAACUCUCUCGAAUUCCGCCGAGAAGUUUAUCGCCACAAACUAUACUCCCUACACGUCGGAACAAACCGUGUUUCCCGCUAUCGCAAUCUCACGCCGGAGUCAUUCGUCAAAGAUGAGCGUCUGACAACCCGGGCGAGAAUGUGGAUCAGGCGGGAGCUACAGGUCUUUGACUUCCUCAGCUCAAGCUCGCCUACGACGGGUUCCGCCUCUGCAGAUCGCAGAGCGAGCAACGCGGAUUUCUUGCUCGAAUACAUCAUCGCCAUUCUGAAAUCGAUCGACUUGAAGGGUAGUACUGGGCAAGCGGAGGAACUGUUGAAAGAUUUCUUGGGCAGAGAUAAUGCGAAGUUGUUUCUGCACGAGCUUGAGGCUUGGUUAAGAAGUCCAUACGAGUACUUGAAGGAUUGGGAUCGGGCUGUUCAGUAUGCAAUCCCUUCGGAAGUGGCAGAGAGUGGAAAUGGACCCGACUUCAGUCGGAACAGCCACAAUCCUUGUCGUCAUCCGAACCAGUCUCACCCUCGGCGUGAUAGGACAUCUGUGCCCGAGUGGUUUUCGAACGGGUUUGUCUUGAGGGACGAUGCUGUGCGAGCUCGAUCCAGAUGA